CAUGGUGGCAAUGUCGCCAUAACAGACGAAUUUCUGUACCGGGAUCGUGAGCGUGGCCUAUAUCCGGAUUUUUUUGACAAGCAACUUGUAAUAAAGGAAUCUUUUUUUCCAGUUUGUUUUGAACAAUUUAUCAGGAUGAGUUUACCAGCAUUUAUCGAUUUAACGGUUGAAGAACAGGCUACUGAAUUGUGUAGCUUUUUCAAGGCUCUUGGAGCAUCAAAUGUGGAUGAUGAUCAAAACUCAGAUCUUAGCAACAUUGUUGCUGUUGCAGAUCUCUGUUUCAAAGAGGGCAAUGAAGUAGAAUCUGAGGGAGUCUUGAAUAGCAUUGUAUCUAUGCUCGUUCUUCUCCCCAAUGAAAAAGCUGAACCAAUAAUUACUACAUUUUGCCAAAAGCUUGCAAAACCCCCAUCAAACAAGUUGGGACUUGUUUGUCUGAGAGUUCUGUCUGUACUAUUUCAUGGGCUUGAUCCUGUGAGUACAACGCGUUACACGGUCUAUCACACGCUAGUCCAAGUUGCUGGACAAGUCGAACAGAUGAAGACAGUGUUCACGGAUCUAGAUAAAAUGCGUACUCAACUAGGGCCAUGCAAGCCUAACAACGAGCAGAUGCAAAAACUCCUCCGAAGUUUACAUGAAGCUCUCCUCAACUCCAGAGAAAGUGAACUGGCCUCCAAAGUGAUGGUGGAGUUGUUGAGCACUUACACGACCGAAAAUGCUUCACAGGCUCGUGAGGAAGCUCAGCGCUGCAUUGUUGCUUCAUUGGCUGAUCCCAACACUUUCCUUCUCGAUCAUUUAUUGACUUUGCAACCUGUGAAAGUUUUGGAAGGUGCCCUUUUGCACGAUCUGUUGACCGUAUUCGUGACGGAAAAGCUGUCAGCUUAUUUGAAGUUUUAUGAGGAAAAGAAAGAUUUUGUUGAAGGACUAGGUCUGAAACAUGAGCAGAACCUUCGAAAAAUGCGAAUUUUGACUUUCAUGCAGUUGGCUGAAAAUUCCGUAGAGCUCCCUUUCGAAACGCUCGAGAAGCAAUUGCAACUAACCGAAGAUCAAGUAGAGGAAUUUGUCCUUCAAGUCCUUAAGACGAAAUUGGUGCGCGCACGAAUGGAUCAGUUGAACAAGAAAGUACUUGUUUCAUCAACCAUGCAUCGGACAUUCGGCAAGCAGCACUGGCAGCAGUUACGGGAGUUGCUGACUACUUGGCGAGGCCACCUCAGACAGGUCAAAGAUUCCAUGCUAACCAUCGUUAACGAGCAAGCCGAACUUCUCGCUCAGCAAUCCUGAACCGAUUAGAGAAAAAACAAAAGACUUCAAAUUAUCCCGCUAUCCAUCUCUAUUAAGGUUUUGUGGAAAUAAACGAUGACGCCGGCACAUUAUCUGACAAA